GCGCCUGAGAAAGCGCGGGAAGGCCGGCAAGAUGUCGGGGCUCGCUGUGUUGUGCAACGUGUGCUUCCAGAAGCCUGUCAGCGACACUACCCGCUAUGCACUGACCAGCUGCGGGCACGUUGUUUGCGAGCACUGUCUCCAAAAAGGUAAGAAAGAGGAAUGUACAGUGUGUAGAACUUCUUGCCGCAUAAUAUUUCUUUCAAAUCAGACAAAUCCUGAGAUCAAGAUGCUAUUUAUGGACAUUAAUUCACUCUGCAAACAGUUUUCAAAAGAGUUUGCACAAGUUUGCGAAUUUCAAGAAAGUCAUAGAAAACGGUUACAAACAUACUACAAUGGAAAGAUCAUAAAACAAGAAGAAACGAUAAAGAAGCUAACCCAGCAGCUACAAAGCACCAAACUAUACAAAGAUGCUCAAGAGUUCCCAUUUCAGGAUGCUAGUUACAGUCUGAGGUCUUCACAGUCUUAUAAUCGAUUUUCUGUCCCAAACACUUCAAGAAAUUCAGGUACAAUAUAUCCUGAUAAGCAAACUGGAUAUUUUCUGCAAAAACCAGAUGAAAAAAUGGAAGUUGAACAUUAUUCUGUCAAAAAGAAUAGUGAGACAGUCGCUGCACCAGGCAGAUUAUCAGUGAUAAGUCCUCCUCAAGAUGGACGUAUGGGUUGUGUGUCCUACAGGAGCUCAAGUUGCAGCAACACCCCCUUAUCUGUAAGAGCAAAUCAAUUUGGAGUCUCGCAGCAGUCUAAUGCAUUUCACCCUCUUUCAAAAUCUUCAUCACAAGCAAACCGAACAAGUGCAUGGGAUCCUUUAGGUCUAAGAACACUCCAAGCAUACCAGCAGUCUCCACUUUCUUCCCAGGCAUCUGCUACAAGGCAGCCAAUCAGCCUCCCUAAUAUCCUACACAGGCAGAAUCUGAGCAAAAAAACUCCUUAAAAAGGAAUUCACACAUGAAACACUGUUAUAUUGCUAAGUAAUGUUUGCUGGCAUUUCAGAUAACUGUUUGCUAUUUGUUUGUGUCAGUUUAUUCAUGUAAGGCAGGGGUGGGCAAACUACGGCCCGCGGGCCACAUCCGGCCCCUUGGCCUUUUUAAUCCGGCCCGCCGACGACGCCAAGUCUCAUCACGCGAGACUUGGUGUCAUUGGCGGGCCGGAAUUAAAGAGAUGAAGGGGGCGUAACGCUGGCCUGGCUCAGCCCGCCCUGGCCCGGUCCGGCCCGGGGGUAAGUAAAUGUGGCCCGUGAGCCAAAAGUUUGCCCACCCCUGAUGUAAGGUGUACUGUAGUGUUUAACAGUGUAUGUACAGAAACCCUGAGAGGGUAGGAGGCAUUUCUAUGCCGGAACUGAGCAUUGCUAGUAGGCAUAUUUAUGUCCCAAACUGGCCAUAAUGUGCUGUGUAUAGUCCCUUCCAAUAUAUUAGCUCUAUACAUUAUUCAUCAGUUAUUAUUGCUCUUGUUUAAAACAUUCUUCAUAUUAGCAAAGAAUGCUGGUUGGUAUUUUAUCUAUUUUAUCAGUUGUAACAAUGCACAGGUGAUGACACUUGUUUAUUCCUAAAUAGAGGUUGUGCCCUGUUUAAAAUAUAUUUUGCUGACAAAAAGUGAAUGUAAUCUUAUUUAUAUUCUGCACAUAAAGCCUUAUAUAUCUGGC